AUAGGAAUCUGCCAUCUUGGGCAACAAAUUAAGCAAUUCUUCAUUAUUCAAAGAGAGACAGAGAAAAAAUGGGAAAGUUCAUUUUGAGUGGUCUUAUAUUGUUUGUGGUGUUUUUCACUACAGAACUUGGAGUAUCAUCAGCUGUUUGGCAGCGAGCUCAUGCAACUUUCUAUGGUGGGAGUGAUGCCUCAGGAACAAUGGGAGGUGCAUGUGGCUAUGGAAAUCUCUACACAGAUGGUUAUGGUAUAAAAACAGCUGCCCUGAGCACUGUUUUGUUCAAUGAUGGAAAAUCAUGUGGUGGUUGCUAUAGGAUAGUUUGUGACGCAAGGCAAGUGCCCCAAUGGUGCCUCAGGGGCACUUCCAUCGUUGUUACUGCCACAAAUUUCUGCCCACCAAACCUCGCACUCCCUAAUGACAAUGGUGGCUGGUGUAAUCCUCCUAGACCACACUUUGACAUGUCUCAACCUGCCUUUCAGACAAUAGCCAAGUACAAAGCUGGCAUUGUACCAAUUUUGUACAGGAAAGUUGGGUGCAAAAGAAGUGGAGGCAUCAGAUUUACCAUCAAUGGGAGAGACUAUUUCGAAUUGGUGCUUAUAAGCAACAUAGGUGGAGCUGGAGAGAUUUCCCGAGUUUGGGUUAAAGGGUCCAGAAUGAAUAAUUGGGAAUCCAUGACGAGGAAUUGGGGUGCUAACUGGCAAAGCUUGAGAUAUCUGAAUGGUCAGAGUUUGUCUUUCAGAAUUCAACUCCGCAAUGGGAAGACUCGCACGGCAAAUAAUGUAGCACCGUCCAAUUGGAGAUUCGGCCAAUCUUUCACCAGCAAUGUCCAGUUCUGAGAACCGAAGAAGAAUUAAUGCAUCUAUCAAUCUUAAUUUGACUAUUCUUGUAUUCCAUACGUCCUUUAAUACUACUACAGUAUAUUCCUUGUGGUUCUGGCUCGGCAAUUAAUAAUUUGUCAUGAAGCCCACCACCUUUGGUAUACUAGUAUUUUAUAACAUAAGCCAAUCAGAUUGAAAUAUUCGUAGCUUACAUUACUACUUUUCAUUUAUAUAUUAAAUACA